AUUUUAUUCAAGACCACAGUUUUGUUGUGGAUUCUAACUUUUUGGAUUCUAAUCUUUAGAUAUCCAUAGUAUAAAAAGAGGAAAGUUUCUUUGUGUCACAUAGUCAGUAAUAUUUUUUCAGUGCAAAACAAGGUACUUCAAAAUGGUCUCCAAAGCAGUAUUACUAUUAUUAGUUGUUCUUCCUUUUGCAUAUUGCAGAAUCUACGACAAAUGUACUUUGGCGCGUGAAUUACUACACCAAUACAAAUUCCCUCGUUGGCAAAUCCCAACUUGGAUUUGUAUUGUCGAACAUGAAUCACAUUUCAAUACUGCUGCCAUAAAUACCCAAACUCAUGAUCAUGGCCUGUUCCAGAUUUCCCAAAUAUACUGGUGCGAUCCGCCAAACCAUCCUCAAGGCUGUCACGUAUCUUGUGACAGUUUAAGAGACGAUGACAUCCACAACGAUGUUCAAUGCGUAAGAAAAAUAUUCGACGAAUGGCAGAGGAUUAGAGGGAAUGGUUUUAAAGCUUGGACGACAUACGACGCAUUUUGUGGGGGAAACAAUGAAGGGUAUAUUAAUGGGUGUGGCAUAUAGAGACUUUAAUAACUUUUUUGUAAUAAGACUUUGUGCCUACUUUUAUAUUUAUAAACUUGUACCAAAUUUAAUUUUAAUAAAUACCUAUUUAUUGUAAA